AUGGCGGAGGCAACAUUUAAGGACAUCCCCGAGCUCUUCGAGGUCGAGCUCGGCGAAUGCCUGGCCGCUCGCACAGAGAGUCUAUCGACAUUUCGAGAGCUGGGUCCCCCUGACCUAUGCCAUGUUGUCAAAAGCACGGGGAAGAGCGCGACGAAGGAGCUCGGCUCCUACCACUAUGUUUCUGGCGUCGACGCCUCCUCUUCUGCGUCUCUCGCCGCAUACAUCAACUCCCUGACCUAUGCGAUCGAAGACAAUUCCGCCUGGUUCUCGAAAGCCCCCCAGUGGAAGGUCCGGAAUGGAUGCUAUUGUUGCUUCAACGCGUUCUCGCGCGUUGACAUCCGUGUUGACGUGAAGAUCCCUGGAGGUGUCAACGCAUAUGUUAUAGAUCUGAGGGGGGAGCGCCAUGAAGCGACGCCCGAGAUAUGGCUAGAAACAUACGUGUCGGCUCUUCUGCGAUCCAUCCUUUACUCCGACGACCCCACCUACCAGCUCGACGCCUAUCGCAAACUCGACCCCAUUACUACCCCGGAGAGCGAGUUGCGAUUCCUGCAGGCGGCAGAGCAGUUGUUCCUGCACGGCUGGCAAGUGGGCUCCGACCCCGAAAUCCAGGUCGCUACCGUCGUCUCUAACCACCUGACGGCGGGUAUCAUGAAGUACUUCGGUGACAGCGCACGCUACCAACCGGCUGCGAACCUCUUCGAAAAGCUCUCAAUUCGUGAACCUGAAGUCGCGUCCCUCUUGGCGAGGAGCUACGUGGGCAUGAACGAGGAGGUCAAGGCGGUACAAAUCAUGGCGCACGCAAUGAAGCAAAACCCCCAGUCAUACACCCUCCUUCAUGCGCAAUGCGACUUCCUCCGGUCCAAGGGCAAAUUUGAGUGGGCACUCAAGCUCGCACGCCAGGCGGUUAACUGCGCGCCCAGCGAAUUCGUCACCUGGGAGAAGCUCACGGAGUUGUACAUGGAUCUGGGUGAAUACGAGUCCGCGCUUCUCACGCUGAACUCCUGCCCCAUGUUCACGUAUAACGGUCGCGACGCGCAUCGCAACUUGACUCCGGCCAAGGUCCACCUCCCAUUCCACCGCUUGAUCGGCGACAUCCUCCCUGAGCGGGCGACAACAGAAGAAGACGAGGCCGACCCUGCACUCAUGCGACUUCCUGCCCCUGGCCUGCGUGGGACGUGGGCUCGCGCCUACGCCCUCCUGACGCGUUUGGUCUCGCAGAUUGGCUGGGAUGAGCUCCUCAAGACGCGAAGCACCGUCUUCGUCAUGGAGGAGGAAUACCGCAUGCAGAAGGCGCAGUCUGACAUCAAGCGCGUCGUCAACGAGCCCGAAGAGCAACCCCACCCAACCGUCGUCAUCCACGAGGACGGUACCGCUGAGCGCAGGGAUGUCGACGAUGAUGCGUCAACUCGUGGCAUGGUGUCGCCGUCAACGGACAAGCAUGAUGACGACGCAGCGACGAACGGCGGAGACGAAGAAACACUUACGGAUACGAAGGUCAAUGGCAAUGACUCUACCGAUGCAGCCGACGUUCCUGCCAUCCGAAUAUCAUCGACUUCGCCUGAGCCCACCGCCGACUCCGCCAAAGAACCUGCCACAAACGGCGACGCUAAAGCUGACGAGAUCGAGAAGCCGGCGUUCUCUGCUGUUGGCCAAGCCGAUGAGAUGGCGAAGCAGAAGGCAGUUGCAAGCGAGCCUGCUCAAGAGGGCUUCUCCUUCAGCAACAAGCGCCUUUGCGAGCGUUGGCUCGACAACCUGUUCAUGGUCCUCUACGAGGACUUGCGAGUAUGGACGAUCUUCCGCGCCGAAAUUGCGCACUUCAAGACGCAGCGAGUUGCGUACCGCAAGACGGGGCACGAGUGGGAGAUCCUUGGCGACCUGGGGCUACGUCUGCACCACAAGGAGGAGGCGAAGGAGGCUUACCAGCGCUGUCUCGACACACCCCGCUACUCGCAAAAGCCAUGGCUCAAGCUCAUGGAGAUGUACGCGGAUGAGGGUGAUAUCCAGCGCACCAUCCAGACGGCCAUCCGGGUCGCCGCGUACCAGUAUGCGGACUACACGGAGAUGACAUACCCGACCGUCAUCGCGCGCGCUUUCUUCAAGCUCGGGACAAUACACGGGCACCAGAAAAUCACGUUCACGCUCUUAAGCAUGGGCUUGCCGGAGUCGAUUAUGAAGAUCAUGGACAGUUACUUGCAGUAUGGGAGGGUGUUCAAAGUGGAAGGGUACGACUUCUGA